UCUUAAGUCUUCAAGUUCUAGAUUAGAUCUGGAAUCUAGUACAGUAAGUACUAGAUCUUUACUUUACUUCUAGUAAUAUACUAGUCUCGAUUUUACAGCUGAAUCAGAAUCCUUCUUGUACAUUUUGUUUUGUACAAAACAGUGUCACUCAAUGUGCAAAAUUAUUAAAUUAAUUUUAAACUAGAGUUCUAGAUCUAGAUCAAGAAUCUAGUAAAGUUGAGUAAAUAAAAAAAUAUUUCUUUCUGAUUUCCAGAUCUGGACCAGUCACUAGUCUAGAUCUCGAGAAUCUAGAUCUAGAUCAACACUGAUACAAUCUAACAACAUGUGUUACAACAACUGUAGAUAUGGGCAAAUAAAUUCAACUGGAACUGGUCUAAAAAGCAGCACCCUACAAGAAACCGUUUGAGCAAACCCAAGUGUGGACUCGCCUUAUCCACAUGCCCAAGUAUUCUCCACUAUAAGAACUGUGACAGUGUGGCGCUGGGCAGGAUGGAAACUGAGAGUGAGGUCAACUUUAAGCUGGACAGAGAGUUUGACAAACACCUGGCUGAUAUGAAACCUUUUGUCCUCAAGCUUCCAUACAAGACAGAACGUCAGAAAUCAGCUGUGUGGAUUAAAAAACUUUGUGAACCUCUUAGUGCUGGCUCUUCAGGGAGAAAAACCCGCAACCAAUAUGCCCAGCUGAUGCUGCAGAUGCUUAAGAAAGGUUCCCUACAGUCUCCUUUUGACCAGAAGCCUGAACAGGGUCCUCUACGGCCACUUCCAUCUUAUAUGGCUGAGACACUACCUGACUGGGUGGAAGGGGAACUUAGUGACACAGUCGGCUCGUCCAUCUUUCACAAGUCAACAGGUCACCCUGCUGCUACGUCGACGUGGGUCUCCAGCAUUGGAGAAAUACGGGAAAGACCAAGAAGCAGCAUGGGUCACACUCUGGACAAGGACCCCUCCCUCUCACCCAUCAGACACACUGAGCUGCUCCACAUCAAAGGUUACUCAGCUGAUGACAUGAGCCUUGAAAUGAAAUCCAGUCCUUCACCACACCACAGAAGGCGCCACCACUCCCCCGCAGCGGAGAGGGAGAAGAGAAUCUUACCAGAUGUCAGAUCUAAAGAAACAAGGGACAGACAAAAGGAUGAGAGUGCCACUGACAUUGAUUGGACCAAACACCAGUCUGGCAUUUCUAGUUACUCUCUACCCAAAGGAACAACAUUCUACGAGGACUCAACAAUUCAAAAACCAGCAGACAGAGAGGUUAUUGCUAGAACUAAAAUGAUUGAGGCAAAAUUCCACGAAGAGAAGUUAAAAUUACAACAGAAACAUGAUGCAGCUGUACAGAAGAUACUUGAUCGCAAGAAUGCUGAAAUAGAAGAUGUAAAAAAUCAGUCUAAAGUGAAAACAAAAGAAUUGGAAGAGAUGAAUGCUAAGCUAGAUAGGAAGGUACAAACUUUGAUGAAAGAGGCAGAGUUUAUCAGACAAACAAAGGACAAACAAAUCUCAGACCUAAAAAAGAGGGAAGAGGAAACAAACGAAAUGAGGAAAAAUGAUUAUGAGAAACGAUUGCAUGAAGUGUUGGCAGAAUUUGAACAAGAAAAGUUUGAGUUACAAAAACAGCACACACAGAACAUACAAGACAUCCUAGACGACACAAAUGACAGGCUGCAGAGAAUGGAGACAGAGUACAGCAGCCAAGCAACCACAACGACAAAUUUAAUCAAAGAACUUGAAUCUAGAGUCCAGCACUUGAUGACUGAAGUGGACAGUACAUUGAAUCAGAGGUCGGCACUGGAGAAAGAGAAAAAUGAGGCCAUUUCUAAAUAUGAGAGAUUAGUCAUUGAACAUGACAAAAUGUGUGAAAGACAUACUCAACUGGAGCAUGAAUUCAGGAAUCUGAAGAUCAAAACAGAAGCUAGUCUAGAAUAUCUGAAGCAAGAACAUUCUAUGUCAGCGACUAAGGCAGCAGAUACAAUAGAGGGCCUUGAAGAGAAAAUUGACCAAUUAAAGAAAUCACUUAAAGACAAUGAGGAACAUCGGCAGAGGCAAAUCAGGGAAAUGGAACAAAACCACCAACAAGACAAAAUGCAUUUAGAAUUUCUCCAUGAGAAGCAGGUCCGCAAUAUAAAAAAAGAAAUGGAGCAGUUGGAAGCAGAUAGUAACAAGAAAGCUCAGAAACUGGAGCAACAAAUCAAGGAGAGAGAGGAGGAAGUAAAGAAAUUGAAAGAACAAAAACAGCAGCAGAGUUUACAGGCAGAGCAGGCGCUAGAGGACUUCAAGGCCCAGGUGGAGAGGAACCAGGCCCGCAUUUAUGACGAGAUGAAACAACAGAUGCAACAGGUAGAGACUGAUCUCCUCAAGUCAAAACAAGCAAGGGAAAAACAGGCCAAGGAAUUUUCUAGACAAAUAGAAGAGGAGAAUCAUAGACAUCAACAUGAGAUGGCUGAGCUCAAGGUGUCAGCCGAGGGAGAAAAGUCCCAGUUGAUGCGGGAAUUUCACAUGCAGAAGGAGUUCACUCUGAGCGAGCAUGAGAAAGAUUUGGAGGGUCUGAAGGAAAUUCACCAGGCGGAGAUGCUGGCACUGGAAGCUCGCCUCAAGGAGAACAAGGAUAGGGCGGAGAAGACACUGUAUGACAAUGAGAGACAGAUCAGAGAGCUGAGAGAAGAACUGGUCCAGGCCAACCAACUCCGUAAACAGCAGCUGGUGGAGCUGGGCUUGUUGAGGGAGGAGGAGAAACAGAAGAUGCACAGGGAUCAGGAGGCUGAGCUGUCGCGUCUGAGGGCAACCAUGGAACAGCAGAAGAUUGAGCUGCAGAGAAUUCACGGUUCAGAAAUGGAAAGAGUCCUUGAAAAGACAAAUGAACGUUUAAAAUUCCUAGAAAAAGAUUCAGCUGAUAGAAUAAAGCAAUCUGCUGAGGAAAUUCACCAGUUACAGGUCACUGUAACUCAGCUUAAAGGAGAUUUACAGAGGUCACAAGAAAUGAGUGACAAGAUGCUGGUUGAUAUCAAACACAGGACUGAGGAAGAAAAGCAAAACUUACGCAAACAAUAUUCCCAGAACUUUACGACUAUUCAGCGAGAACUGGAGGAGCAACGGAAUCGCACCAGACAUGCUGAGAAGCUGCUACAGAAAAAAGAAUCUGAUCUUGAGGACAAGAUAACACAACUUAAACUUCAGUUUGAGGAGAAAAUCCGAGGGUUGAUUCCAUCUGAUGUCAAACAGGAGCUGGAAGACACAAUAGCCUCACUCAAGUCCCAGGUCAACUCCCUACAGCUCAGGGCGGCCAUGUUGCAGGAGGAGCUGGACGGCCACGCCAAACAUGGCCAUUUCGGACCCACCUCCAGUUCACCAAUCAAAUCAGCUGGAUGACACAGCGACACAGGUGAAGUGUUAACACCUGUUGGCCAGUAACUACUCUAGUUGUUGUCACGUGAUCAGUUGGUACCUACCCUCUGCAUGCAGAGAUGUAAUUAGGUUAAAACUUGUUAAAGCUUGACUCAUAAAACUUGUUAAACCUCGACUCAUAUAUGCAAAUGCUGUGCCUAGUUAAGAUUGGCUACAAGUAUCCAUAUUGAUUGUCUACAAGAUAAUAAGCCUAAUUGUUUUAAACAUAAGAACCCACUCAUGUCAGAUGUUUUACCUACCUAUUGGUUUAAUAUUAUUUGUGUUUAAAAGCCAAAAUUAGACUUUGUGUUAAUACUUUUAAUUAUGGACAUAAAUAAGAGAGCAAAAAACUUUCCAUUGUAUAUACUUUUAUCAAAGCCAAAAUAUUUUUACUUUGGCUACAUAUUUAAAAAUGUUUAAGUUAUAUUGUGUGUCAAAAAUGUAAUUGUGUAUGUAUUUAAUGUUGAGAAAGUAAACAAUAAUGUACCCGUACUUAAAAAUGGUUUUAUAUAUUGCCUAUUUAAUGUUAACAAAUUAAGCCUAAAGUAAAAUGUAUUUUAAAACAAUUGCUUUCUAAAGCCUAUUUAAUAUUUAAUGUUAAAUUAAGCCUUUUAAAAGUACUUCUUACAAAAUAGUUUUAUGUAUUUUAUAUUUACAAAGCUAAAAAGAUAUGUACUCACUGUAGGCACUAUAAAAGUGGUUACAAAACAACUGACAGUUUGUUUAUUUUAUUUCAAUUUUAAUGUUGUUUUACUUGAAUUAUUGGAUAAUGAUGUUUUUAUUCAAAGAAAUUGUGUUUUUGGUUGUACUAUGUUGGUCAGUUUUUAAACAAUAAUUGUGUGAAUAGAUUAUUUAACUAGCUUUGCAUGACUUCCCAGGAUAACACUCAGGCACUUUUGUCUAUUAGACAAAGGGUUUUCUUCCAAGUCUCUCCCUCAACUCUAGAACAAUUAUUUGGUACAUAUUAAUUAGCAGACUUAAUAUAACUGCAUCCAUUUUAAGAAAAAAAUUUUUUUGAAUGAUUUGAAUAAUAUAAUAAU